UAUUGUCGUGUAGAUAGAAAUGCAUUAUUUUUUAUUUGUCCCUUUAUAGAGGCUACUGUUAGCCAUGCCGCUGACACUUUGGCCUAUAUCGCGUCACGAUCAAUCGAUUUCAGAGGGUUUGCUGAGCUGUGUAUAUUGUUUGCUGGUUUCGUAUCCUCUGUCUCGGCGGGAGCAGCAGCAGCUGCAGCAACAGCAGCAGAGUGUGGGUACGCAGCAAAAGACGUUGCUUGCCCCUCUUUUCAUCCUCCUCGCGCUUCCCCUCCUCCUCUCCUCUCCUCUCCUCUCCUCUCCUCGCAUUUGCUCCGGCCAAAAAGCGCUUCUGCGAACCGCGCUUUUGAGAGGGGGGCGCCGCGCAUGGCGAAGACCACCGCUGCGGCGAACGCGGCCGCGGCGUGUCACCCCGCGCUCCGCUCCUCCUCCUCCCCCUGCCCUCCUUGGCUCCAAGCCGCGCUCCAAGAUAUUGAGGAGAGGGUGCGAUCACUCGCGGUGAGCUUACCGGACGAGGAGGAGGACGCGGCGCACUCGUUCGCGGAGAGGGCGGAGAACUACUACCAGAAGCGGCCCCAGCUCCUCGCCCUCCUCCAAGAUCUCCACCUCCGCUACCUCCACCUCGCCGAUCGCUACUCCCAAUCCCUCCUCAAAUCCCACCACCACCACCUCCGCCCCCCGAUCCCCUCCGAAUCCGACGACGACGACGCCGCCUCCGCCGAGAUCUCCGACGCCGAGAGCGCCCUCUCCUUCCAACCCCUGCCGCGCGACCCCGACCCCGACCCCGACCGCGCCCCGGCCCCCGACCUCGACCUCGACCUCGUCGUCGCCGAGCUCGUCGCCGCGUCAGGGAGCCUGGUCGAGGUGCUGGAGUCGGAGCGGAUGGUCCUGCUGGGGGAGAACGCGCGGCUAGGGUUCCGGGCGGCGGCGGCGGAGGAGGAGGCGGCGGCGGCAGCGGCGGAGCUGGGGUGGGUGCGGCGGAGGGCGGCGGAGAUGGCGCGGGCGGUGGUGGAGCUGCGGGAGGAGCGGAGGGUGUGCGCGCUGGGGCGGCGGAUCGAGGGCCUGCAGGCGCGGGUGUACGCGCUGGAGCGGAGGAACAGGGCGUGGUGCGACGCUGCCGCGGCGGCGGAGAAGGAGAGGGCGGCGGAGCGCGCCGAGGCCGAGCGCCUCAGGGCCGAGAACCGGCGCCUCGCCGCGGCGGCGGCGAGGAGGGGAGGGGGCGGCGCCGUGGGGAGGUGGUGGGAGAGAGUGACGAGGAUGGAGUGGGCCCCGUGCGUGCCGCACGUGAAGGGAGGGAAGGGGGCCGGGUUGGUCACGUGACUGUACCGGGAGAGCUGGAGUUCGCUCAUGGCUUGUUUUUUGUACAGGGGAAGCGACACUACUACUACUGCUGCCACUAUUGAAGAAAUGCAACUUGGGUCCUGGUAAUCUUUUUUGUGCUUUUGAGAUGUAAUGAACUAGAAUGGAUAACUUUUGUUCCGAGAAAUCUACGUGUUAUGGGUGCUAGUAUCACGUUAGAAUGCAGUAUUCUUGCACAAGACUUGCCGUGAAAGCGGAAGUUUGUAAGCUGGAGUUUCUAGUUUGAUGCAUUUAGUGCUGCUGUGUGAAACUACAAGUGAGAAAUUGUAGACUUCUCUAUAGUUCUACUUCUCUCGAGCAGUUUGAGUUGUUUUAGAACUAGACCAAAGUAUGCAGGUAAUAAUGCAUGUUUGGUUGGAAUUCUAGAUAUUUCUUGUGGGAUUCGAAAGUUUUUAGUUAAUGCA